AUGUUUAGAUUUGCAUUAGUUUCGAAAGCCUGAUUUGUGGAUCUGUUUAAUUUCACACGAAUACACUUUAUACUAUUCAAAGAUACGUCAUCAACAAAAGACAUCCUUUAAUUGGCAUAACAGAUAAUUUAGAUCUUCACAUUGUUUAUGAUUGUAAAGAUCCUUGUAAACUCUGCCUUUUGUUAAUGAACAAAGGAGUAUAUCGAUUGUAAAAUGGCUGCAAGUGGCACCAUGAUGCCACAGAAAACUGGACAAAAGGAUGAUAAGAUGCUGGGAAUCGAAGGAAAGUCCCUGUCGACUUCAAGACAUCCCGAGAAAGAAACAACGGGAGGUGUGUCGAUUGAAAUAUCCUCACCGCCAACUUCUUCGAGGCCUUCAUCUGGUUCGACGGGUAACAUCUCUACUGACUUUGGUGAUCCUGUUGGAAGUUUGCAACUUCCUCCCGAGGCGAUGGGUGUACUAGAGACAGUAAUAAAUAUGAACAGGACAUUGGAAACCCAAAUAGACGCCCUGAGAUUGAGAAUUGACGUAGACUCCAAACAUUCAGAAAACGAGAAGAAAAAGAUAAUCACAGAAAAGGACAAAGUAAUAAAAACAAAGCAAACACAGAUUGAAAUGUUGAAAACAACAGUUAAAGACCGCGAACAUAAAAUAAAGGAGCUAGAAAAUGCUACAGAGGAAAGAGAUUCGCAAAUACUGUCAAAGAUAGAAGAGAUAGACGAACUACGCACUUUAGUCACGGAAACGGAGGAAUACGCCGACCAACUGUCCAAGAAAGUACAUAAGCUGAAAGACGAAAAGAAACAUUUAGAAUCUAACGGUGCAUACAGAGAACAAAAUGAUGAAAUUCGAAGACUUAAACACGAAUUAGUUUCCGUAAAGGAUAAACUGAACACCAUGGAAAGAGAGUUACACCGAGCGAGAACUGUAAUAGAUAAGCAGAAUCACCGAAUAAAAGUUUUAGAAUUAGAAAAGAAUGAUAUCAGUUCGAAAUUCAAAGACGAACUGGAAAAAGCUUCUCGCGCCAUGCGACAGGAAGUGGAGCGUAUGCGCGAGGUCAUGAGGGUUCAAUAUGAAGAAAUGAGAACAUUGCGUGAACAGAAUACUGAGAUAUCCAACGAUGUUAGGGACAUAAAAGAUCUCUUGAUAAGAAACUCAAAAACACCCCGUGAAGCAGAGCGUGGUCCAUUAUCCAUACAAAAUUACGGAAAUUCGUCAAAGAAUCAACCUACUGUUAGGGCGUCUGUUCCUUCUUAUAAAAGUUCUUCAACUAAGGAGGGGUUACCGCCCUUAGUUCGAGAACAAUCUUCGAAGCAGUGGGUGCCUGCCGGGGCAAGGAGAGUAAACGCAUACUCUGGGAAACAACGAAAGCCGUAAUCAAUAUUCUUUGAUGAAACAUUGGUUGUGUCAUAUCAGUCGAGUUCAACAGCAUCAAAAUCUUCAAAUUCAUUUCACUUGAUCCAUUCUAAAAUAUAUUAUCAUUUUGCAGUGUUUCCCUUUAGUGCAAUGCUUAUUGUGCGUCAGGUGUUCAAUAUCACGUGAAAGGACGCACUGACCAUCACACCUGCUCAUUUACCACGCAGCGCUCUUCUUUCCACUAGAAUCUGUUGAGUAAUAGAGUUUUGUCAAGGAACUUGUAGUAACAAUGGGAUUUAUACAUUAGUAAACAGAGAUCCCAGAACGUUAUUGUGUAUUUAUGAUUUUAACAAGCAAACAGUAUUUCAUUUUGUGAUCAUUCGGUAUGUGGUAUGUGAUCAUUUGGUAUGUGAUAUAACAAAAACUGUGAUACAUCAAAUAUAUCUAUUCAAUAUGCAUCCAUAAUGCUUUAUCUACACUGUUUACAUGUCUACUAUAAUAUAGUUUGAAAAUAAAUGGAUUUUUUAAAUUGUCUAUACAAAUAAAUGAAAGACAUUUUA